AUGGCUGCGCAACUUCAGUCAACUGCACGACCUGCGCAUACCAAGACUACCGAGCCUUGCCAGAGCCCUAAGCCAAUCAAUCCUUCCCGGCAGAAUUCUAUCGUGGUACCAGUCACUGUUGACGAUCUCACCUUCCUCGACCCGGGUGACGAAGAAGCCAAGAGGGAGCUGAACCGCGAGGCUGAGCGGCGCACAUUGUUCCAAAAUGUGUCGAAUGGUGUACUUCAGAUACCCAAUGGUUAUCGCAAGGUUGAAGUGCUGAUAAUACGUUGGGAUGAGAGUGUCGACGAGUUCAAAGGCCACGAGCAAGAGUCGCUUCGCGAACUCUUAUUCGAAGCAAAGGGUGGAACAUUUCCAGUCAUCAAACUGUGGGAAAGAAUCAACACUAAGAGAACAACACAGGCCGCUCUGAUGUGGGAUCGCUUACAGCGAUACAAACGUAAUGUGGAGCUUGGACGACUCGAUCCAAAUCCAGAACGGGACGAGUCUUUUCGCAACGAAGAACCGGAAAAAGCCUCACUUGUUUUGCGCUUCUCGCUCAAAGAAGAGGCGCUCGGCAACUCUCAGGUUGAGAUGCUUGCCCGACAGUUGCCCGCAGUCUUCAAGGAGGCCGGGGUUCUUGUGCGGCGAAUGGAGUACGUGGAGCUUGAGCGACGAGACGAUGCAGCGAAGGCUUUCCGCGCCGAACCUGGAAGACGGUAUGAUCCAGCGAAAGCUUUCCGUAAGGUAGUUCACCAGGUACAGGAAAACAUUUCCAGCGACAAGAUGGGUCAUGGCGAGCAUGAGAAACAGUCUGCGACACUUGAGCCAAGGAAGCGCAAAAGCUCGUACUCAGACACGCUUCUGGCACCUAAGAGAAAUGCGAGAGAGAGCUCGCUCACGUCAGAGGAAGCCACCGAUUCAGGCUUGUGCACGCCGCCGAAGAGACAUACAAAGCCGGGGUCUGAGGCUCAUAAGUGCUGA